GCGGCGGGAAGAACUGGGCGCCCUGCUCGUCUCGGGCAGCUGCGAGCCCACUCACCCAGCUUCUAUAAGGCUUUCCCUUUCCAACUUCAGCUACAGUGUUAGCUAAGUUUGGAAAGAAGACCAUAAAGGAGACCCCUGGGCCGUUUUUCUUUUAUUUGCCAUAGCUGUCGUUGGGGGUCUUUGGAAACUCAGCUGUUGUGAUUUUCGUGGUGCUAUAUUCUGUUCUUUGCACUCCUGAUAACAACAAGCACCUCAGCAGAGCAGAGCAGCCACAGCAGCAGAAGUGCGAGCAGGGGGCUCCUGGUGCCAUGAGCGGCUCAAGAGAUGAAAACCACCGCAGAGGAUGUUGUGGAUCUUUCGCAAAAUUCCUGACCUCUGCAAAAUUCCUUCUCUACCUUGGCCACUCUCUAUCUACCUGGGGAGAUCGAAUGUGGCACUUCGCAGUCUCUGUGUUUCUGGUAGAGCUGUAUGGAAACAGCCUCCUCUUGACUGCAGUCUACGGACUGGUGGUGGCAGGAUCGGUUCUGGUCCUGGGAGCCAUCAUUGGUGACUGGGUGGAUAAGAAUGCCAGACUGAAAGUGGCCCAGACUUCACUGGUGGUCCAGAAUGUUUCAGUCAUCCUGUGUGGAAUAAUCCUGAUGAUGGUUUUCUUAUACAAAACUGAGCUUCUGACCAUGUAUCAUGGAUGGGUUCUGACGUCCUGUUAUAUCAUGAUAAUCACUAUUGCAAACAUUGCAAAUUUGGCCAGUACUGCUACUGCAAUCACAAUCCAAAGGGACUGGAUUGUUGUUGUUGCAGGAGAAGACAGAAGCAAAUUAGCAGAUAUGAAUGCUACAAUACGCAGAAUUGACCAGUUAACCAACGUCUUGGCUCCCAUGGCUGUUGGCCAGAUUAUGACAUUUGGCUCCCCAGUCAUUGGCUGCGGUUUCAUUUCGGGAUGGAAUCUGGUGUCUAUGUGUGUGGAGUAUUUUCUGCUGUGGAAGGUUUACCAGAAAACCCCUGCUCUAGCUGUGAAAGCUGCUCUUAAAGUAGAAGAAACGGAAUUGAAACAGCUGAAUUUCCAGAAAGAUCCUGAGCCAAAACCCAUGGAAGGAACUCAUCUAAUGGGUGAAAAAGAGCCUAAUGUCCUUGAGCUUGAACAAGAGCAGGAACCCAGCUGUGCCUCCCAGAUGGCUGAACCCUUCCGCACUUUUAGAGAUGGAUGGGUCUCCUAUUACAACCAGCCAGUGUUUCUGGCCGGCAUGGGCCUUGCUUUCCUCUAUAUGACUGUCCUGGGCUUCGACUGCAUCACUACAGGGUACGCCUAUACUCAGGGACUGAGUGGCUCUAUCCUCAGCAUAUUAAUGGGAGCCUCAGCCAUUACUGGAAUAAUGGGAACUGUGGCUUUUACCUGGCUCCGCCAAAAAUGUGGACUGAUCCGGACUGGUCUAAUCUCAGGAUUUGCACAGUUUUCCUGUUUGAUUUUGUGUGUGAUCUCUGUGUUCGUGCCUGGAAGCCCCUUGGACUUGUCUGUUUCUCCUUUUGAAGAUAUCCGUACUAGGUUCAUUCAGACAGAGCCACUGCCUACAAUUGCACCUACAAAGAUACCUGAAACUGGCUUUACAACUGAAAUGCAAAUGUCAAAUGGAUCUAGUCUUACUAAUAUUGAUCUAGAGAUGAGUCCUAAUUCUGUGCCCAUAAUCUCUGUCAUUCUGCUGUUUGCUGGUGUCAUUGCUGCUAGAAUUGGUCUUUGGUCUUUUGAUUUAACUGUGACACAGCUGCUCCAAGAGAACGUAAUUGAAUCUGAAAGAGGCAUUAUUAAUGGUGUCCAGAACUCCAUGAACUACCUUCUUGACCUUCUGCAUUUCAUCAUGGUGAUCCUGGCUCCGAAUCCUGAAGCUUUUGGCUUGCUUGUAUUGAUUUCGGUCUCCUUUGUGGCAAUGGGCCACAUAAUGUAUUUCCGAUAUGCCCAAAAAACACUGGGCAGCCGGCUCUUUGCUUGUGGUCUUGAUGAAAAAGAAGUCAGGGAUAGAAAUCAAACUGAUGUACCUUUUUUGUAAGACAGUUUCAACUGUUGCUCUCCCUGUUACUGGAUUAUAUAGAGCACAUGUGUUCAUUUUUUACUUCAAGUUGCUAUAAUUUGUUGGGUGUUUCUCUCUCAUUUUGCC